UGGGCGGCUUGUGUUAGCUUUGGGCAGAUUUUUGCAGUCCACUGCCGGAGAAUUUCAAAAAAGACCUUUCUGAAUGAAUCCAGUCCUGGGAAAGAUCGGCAGAAAGAAUCCUGUCCAAAAUGUUUUUUGCUGCACGCGUUGCAAUGUAGUCAGCAGCAAAUCAUUCAGAUUUUUUACGCCGUCGUUCGCGUUCCCGUUCACGUCGCCGUUCGCGGACUCGUUCUCCACCACGCCGUUCUCGCUCUCGUGA